AUGAGCAUAUCGUAUCAACCGCUAGAUAUAUCGAAGACCGAUGAAGUGAAGCACAUUCAAAAAGUCAUAGAUGCAGAUCUGAGUGAGCCUUAUUCCGUGUAUGUGUAUCGUUAUUUCUUCAAUCAAUGGCCUGAUGUGUGUUUUUUGGCCUUCAGCGAGCACGAGAAGAACCCAGUUGGAUGUGUGGUGUGUAAGUAUGAGCUUCACAGGGGCGCCAGACUGCGUGGAUAUAUUGGAAUGCUUGCGGUAGAACACAAGUUUCGCAGACAGGGUAUUGCCAAGAAACUGGUGGCUUUGGCAAUCGAAAAGAUGCAGAAAUUGGGUUGCGACGAGGUGAUGCUGGAGACUGAAGUAGAAAAUACAACGGCGCUGAGUCUGUAUGAAGGGUUUGGUUUUAUACGUCUGAAGCGCAUGUUUCGGUACUAUCUGAACCAGGGAGACGCUUUCAAGCUGAUACUCCCACUCACAGAGAAAAGCUGCACCAGAACCACAUUUUUGGUACAGCCCGAAACGAUACUUGCAGAGUGA